ACCGUACAAUGAAAUAGGUUUUUGUCUAUGCUAGUGUACAAACAAACGCGGCAGAUCCUUAAUUUUAUAGGUUCUUGUACAUGCUAACGUCAAUUAAACUCAGCACUUGGCCGCAUGGUGCAGCACUACUAGUCCAGAGACAACCAUUUUCCAUAAGCGUGAGCACUGUCAUUUUCUCUCCGUAUACAUGUUGGUAGCGGUAACACGUUUAGUCCUAAAGAGAAGCUUAUCGAAUAAAAUCUUUAACAACAUUGUAAUUGAAUAACGACGUCUUAUUUUAAUUUGCAAUAUCAGGAACAUACUGUAUCCUGCUUUUAAAGCUUUAUAUUCAUUGGAUAAUCUAACACGUCGUUCUUUUAACUGGAAAUAUACCUUGUUUAAAAAACGACGUUAAUUAUGAUCGCAAUGGGAUUAAACACAAACCUGCAGAUGAUCUUGAUGAUGGUUUUAUGUCAGAAAUUGUAAAUAAUAAAGUCCCAGCAGAUAAUAACUGUUAAGAACUGAUGAUAACUGAUAAGAAACCAUAAAUACCCAGAUCUUUUAAAAAGGGAAAGGUCAUGGAAAAUAUAAGGAAGGAAUUACCUUACACCUAUAAAGUACCAGAAAAGUUUGAAGAGUUACAAGAAUAUUUGCAAAAUUAUAAUGCUGAUUACCAAUCGAUUAUCGUAGAUCGUAUAAUUAAAUGUAAUCAUUGCCCAACGAAUAAUACAGACGAAGGAAAGUUGUCAAAUUUAUUUUUAUUUUUGUUACAACAUGUAAAUAAUCAUGUUGUAGGAAAUGAUGUUGGAAGCAUAGUUAAUGGUUUCCAAAUUAUUGACAGAUUGUCUCCUUUCUUAUACGAUCUUGCUCAUCUAAAUCCACAAAAUGCCAAAUCUGUUAUACAAAGAAUAAUCAAAGAAAAGCACGACGACUUUGAGGAAGAUAAGAAGAAAUACCCUGGCCUAGAUACACUUAUUUUCUUCAAAUUGGCUUCUUUGAUAUUUCCAACGUCUGAUUUUAGACAUCCUGUAACUACUGCCUGUGCAAUAUUUAUGUCCGAAAUACUAUUUAGAUGUCGUAUUAAAAAUAAAAUAGAUAUUUCAAAGGGUCUUUUUAUAUGUACACUUAUAUUAGAGUAUACGGUAUUAAGUAAACGAUUUGCUCCAUGUGUGAUAAAUUUCUUACACGCAAUAAUUUACGUAUCCAGCCCUAAACAUCUAAUUCAAGAUAUAAAAACGAUACCAAUCUCUAAAAGAAUCAAACACUCAGAAAAUUUAUUAAUACUAGACGAAGAUCGAUCUAAGUUAGAUGUUAAUCCAAGUAGUAGCUAUAUGAAAGCGUCCGAUCUGAUAGACGGACCCUUAGACGAUGAUUUCAAAAUAAGGGUAUUAUUAAUAGCCGUAAAUUUAUUGGGAGAAUUUAAAAAUCAUCUAGAAGAACUGGAAGCUGUGUAUUCGAUAUUCGAACCAAUUUUAAAAUUGCUUAAAUCGAAUUCUUUUGACAAAUAUCCACCAAAAGUGAAGAAACAUAUUAUGCAAUUACGAAAAGAUUUGGAAAAACUAAAGAAUAAAAAAUUAAAAUAUAUUAUGGUUGAAAAGAAGAAACCAAAACCAUUAAGACUAUAUGGACCGUGAAUUGAAGCAAUGUAUGUAAAAAUUGAACUUACGAUUUCAAACCACAUCGUUUUAUAAAUUCAAGAAUGUUAUUAAGUUUCGUAUAUUUUUUACGGAUAUGACGGUAAGAAACAUAAGAUUACGUCCAAGGAGAAAGCUGAAAGAGAAAAGUUGUUGCACAGUAUAAAA